GGGAGCAUCCCCCACCCCACCCAACCCACCGCACCACCCUGAGUCCAUGGGCAAGAGGACCCUCUCCCUGAGUCCAUGUGGAAGAGGAGGAGGAGGAGAGGAGGCCGGUGAGACAUUAUUUAAACAUUGAUCUGGACAGCCAACUGGAUGAGGAGGGAACACACUUCUGAGCUGCAAAGUCGCGAAGGAAUGACACACUACUACACCCUUGACUCCAGCUGUGUACUUCGAUCACAGACGUCAAACUUUUCCCAGAGAGGGGGACUCUGACCAGAGCCAUCAACUUUGAUAUGGGACGUCUGUCAACUUCGACCGGCGCCAUCAUCUUUGACUAUAGCCAGCAGUUAUGAGCAGAGCCAUCAACUUUGACCAGAGCUGUCAACUUUGACCAGAGCUGUUAGCUUUGACCAGAGAGCUGUCAGCUUUGACCGGAGAUUAAGUUUGACUUCGAUCUGAGACAUCUGGCAAUUUUGACCAGAGCCAUCAAGUUUGACUUCAAUCAGAGACGUCUGACAAUUUUGACCAGAGAGCUGUCAGCUUGGACCGGAGCCAUCAAGUUUGACUUCGAUCUGAGACAUCUGGCAAUUUGACCAGAGCCAUCAAGUUUUGACUUCGAUCAGAGACGUCGGACAAUUUUGACCAGAGCUGUCGACUUCAAUCGGAGUUGUUGUCAAUUUUGAUCGCAAUGCCUGAGCGUGUGGCAUUCGUGUUGGUGGAUGGGGUUGGCGAUGUGGCAAUCCCUAGAUUGGGCAAUCUUACCCCACUGGAAGCUGCCAGUGUGCCAAACCUUGAUGCGAUUGCAGCCGGUGGUGUGAAUGGGCUUAUGGACCCGGUUGAACCGGGUCUAGCCUGCGGCAGCGACACUGCACAUCUGUCCAUCCUCGGGUACAAUCCACGCAUCUACUACCGCGGAAGAGGAGCGUUUGAGUCGAUGGGGGCAGGCCUCGCAAUGUCUCCGGGUGACAUUGCCUUCAAGUCUAAUUUUGCAACAGUGGACGAGCAGACGGGUGUUGUAGUGAAACGGAGAGCAGAUCGGCACUUCGAGCAGCUUGGGCCGAUCUUGUGCGGUGAUCUGGAUGGCCUCCAGCUGCCUUCCUUUCCCGGCUACACUGUCAGUUUGAAGUAUGCAACGGAACAUAGGUGUGGAGUUGUGGUCCGUGGGCCCGGGCUUAGUGGAAACAUAUCCGGGACCGAUCCUUUGAAAGACAACAGGCUGUUGCUGGACGCAAAGCCGUUGGAUGAGACGGAAGACGCUAAAAGGACGGCCGAGAUCGUCAACGAAGUGUCGAACGAAAUCCGCAAGCGCCUCCGAGGCCAUUGGAUCAAUGCCCAGCGCGAAAGGGAGGGAAAGAACCCGGCGAAUGUGGUACUGCUCAGAGGAUGCGGGAUCCGCAUCAAAGUCCCAAGCUUUGCAAGCAAGAAUGCCAUGAGAGCAUGCAUGGUAGCCCCCACGAAGAUCAUCGCAGGGCUAGGUUUGUCAGUUGGAAUCGACGUCCUAGACGUGCCCGAGGCAACCGGGGAUUACCGCACACUGUUAACGGCAAAGGCCUUAGCAAUCGGGCGGGCAUUGACUUGUGAUCAGCCAGCUGGGAAGAAGAAAGACGAUGAAACUGGAGAGGGGAGGGCAGUGCCGGUUGGUGAAGAAAGCAUGCGGCCUGGAGAUGCAGUGGAAGGUGGCGGCUAUGACUUCGGGUUCCUUCACAUUAAGGCGAUUGACGAUGCUGGGCACGAUAAGUUGCCUCUGCUGAAGGUGCGAGGACUCCAGGCCGUCGAUCACAUGAUUGGACAACUAGGGCGUAUCUUAUGGGAGGCAGAGCGGGAAGGACGUGGGAAAUACACCCUUGUAGUUACAGGAGACCACUCUACCCCUGUUGAGUAUGGCGACCACAGCCACGAGCCUGUGCCCGUUGCUGUCUGCCAUCUCGCCGACUAUGUUCAGGCCUGUGGCGGCGACGAGGCUGUCAUGGCAGUGAACCUGGAUCCCUUUCCGAUUCCUCAAGACACUGGCAAUGGCCAAAGCGGAUCAAUUGAACGGGGGUUUGAAUCACUGGAUUCUAAGGACAAAAUCAGGCAGGGGGUAGGGAAUCAGGCGCCGGUGCCUAUAGCAGCAGGGGCAGGGGAUUGCGUUGCUGCAUACACAGAGACGGCUUCUGCUCAGGGUUUGCUUGGGCGGUUUCCUGGGAGCGAGUUAAUGACUAUCAUCCAGCAAUUUGCUGGGGUUGUGGUGGCAUAGUGAAAUAAUGGGGCCCUAUACUUCUUUAGGGGAUUGACUAGUACCCAUGUCCAGAUGAGAGUUUUUGCCCUUUUUCUUUUUUCCUCUUUUCUUUUGCUUCCUCAUUUUCCUUUUUAAUGUCGGCAGAGGACUGUUAGAGUCGCAUACAUUGUAUUGCCCAUGAUUCUGCUUUCGCAUACAUAAAAAAAACUGCUUGUGCCCAUUGCCUGUUUGAUC